UUCGCCAUGGCGGAAGAUGCUGCGGCUUCGUCCAGGAGGCGGCUGGAUACGAAGCAUUUGUUAAUAACAGCAGCUUCGUCACUGCUUUUCAUUGGAAUCAUCGUAGCUACAUUGGAUGCAAAGAGUCGUCAGCCCAGCGUCUUGCUGCAGUCUGCUUGGAGCAGGCUCCCUACUAAACCACAAGGAACCAGAGGCAGCUCUCCUAUCCGUGCCAACGAUGUGGCCAAGACGCCGAUCAGCUACAGGUUGAGGGGCGCCGUCGAGCCUAGCAUGGAGAAUGGAGCAAUUAGCGCGGAUGCUCGAAGACUUCAAGAGAACCUCCGCAAGUACCACGAAAGAGUGAAGGGCACCGAGAACGAGUGGAGUCAUGUGUACAAGAAGAAACUACAGGGGUUCAAGAAUGUAGCGAUCCAACCGAACCUCAGGAACUUGCCCCCAGGAUUUCAUGUGCUGAAGCCGGGACAGAAGUUGCCAGCUGGUGCGAAGAUCGUGUACCCCAUCAUGAUUCAGCCCACCGGGGGGAGGAAUCCUUCCUUCAAGUCCGUUUCCUCGCCGAGGUCUGCAACUCUUUUGAGAGCUAAUACGAACAUGCUCGACGAGGCUCCCGAAGAAGCAGCGGCAGCUAGUGGUGAAGGGGAGGAGGCGGAGGAGGCGGAAGAAGCACCCCGUUCACCUCCUCCUGUAGUGAUGACAGCGCAAGAAAAGAUCGAUCUUGCCAACCAGGAACACCAAGAAGCUCGUAUGGAGAGGAGGGUUGCUGGGGAAUACAGGACUCAGGCUCAAACCUUGGAGCGAGAGGGUGUGCAACUCAUUCAGAGCGGCUGGAAGAGACAUCAGGACGCCGAAAAGUCUUUGAAGGACGCACUAGGGAAGGUUGAUGAAGCUGAUGAAAUGAUCACCAACUCCAACAAGAUUAAGGACUUGGCUAACGCCCACCGCGGCGACACUCUGGCGACCCAGAUGGAGACAAUCGCAUCUGAACUGUCGGCUGCAUCAGAGGAGAAGGCUGCUGAGGCUGAGAAGCUGCAGAGUGAAGCUGACUCCUACAAGGAUUCCGGUGAAUCAGAGGCUGCAGCAAGAUAAAGAUGAAAUAUUAAAUUUUUUGAAAAGGAA